UCGUUGGAACCCAACUUCAUCUUCAGGGAAGUGUAAAAUGUUCGAUCAUGAAAACACGAUGUAUACAUCAUCCGCGGAAAGGUGGCAAGCGUGGACAACGUGCCAAAUAUCCUGCUUAGAAUUUGUCCUAUCGAAACACCCAAGCAGAAACGUCAACCACACCUACGAGACUGUCAGCACACCUGACGAGAGCGCGUGUUUUCUGGCAUGUUUCGACAUUCCAUACUGCCGCACAUUUCGGUAUUCAAGCGGUACUUGCUACAUAUACACAUGCGGAGAUGAUUGUGUGACGUCAUAUUUGAUUUCCGGGUCGUUCGACAUAUAUCAUCGAACGUGUACUCAAGAAUGCCCUGUAAUAACCAACACCACUGAAUACACAGUAAAAAUGUCAGGGUUCAGUCCGGGUGAUACUCUUGAAACAACUUGCAAUUCCGGCUACGAACACUCCUCAGGAGAUGUCAUAAGGACCUGCCUAGCAGAUUAUGCGUGGGACGGACUGACGGCCGUUUGUAGUCCAGUAUAUUGCGACAAACCUCCGACCAUUGCGAAUGCAUCAUAUACGCUUUCAUCCGGAACAACAGUUGCCGAAAGCUCUGUAUCUUACACUUGGCAAAGUACAGUGGAAUAUGCCUGUAACGAUGGGUUCACUCUAAACGGCGAUCCCAUGAUGGAAUGUUCGGCUGGCGGUGAUUGGAUUGGCAGCGUGGACAAUGGAUCGGAACCCUUCCCGUCUGCAGCGAAGUUUAUUGUUCAGCGCUAA